UUAUUCAUGACCAUUGGCUAGACUAGAUAGGCCAGUGUGGCUAGUUUUUAACUGUUAACUGUUUCUGUUUUGCAGUUUUUCAUGCUUUAGCAUCUUUAUAGUUUGUGGUUAUUAUAUAGUGACACUGCUCUCCACAGAUUAGAGAGAUAUUACUCUGUGAAUUUGUCUUGUGUUGUCUUGCUUCAUAUAAGUAGAAGGCACGUUUAAUAAAAUUCCCAUUCAUUGAAUUACAUUUAGUGUAUUUCCUGUAAGUGCAGUAUAGUGAACUUUCCUAGAAUCGAUAAAAAGUGUCAGUGGGUAUCUACACAGUUAGCGACCUAAAUUACCUGUUUUCAUCCGAAUUUCACGUUUUUAGAAGAAAAUGAAUCCUUAUCAACAAGGUCAAUCGCCAUACCCACGUCAACAAUAUCUACACAAUAUUGGAUUUAGCAACUCGGCCCCACAAUCUUUCGGUAACCCAAUGCCUAUGUCGGGAUUCCCUACAAUGGGUUAUCCGGCACCACAAUCUGGAUAUCCUAACACGCAACCUGGAUACCCACAGUCAGGUGGUUACCCACAAUCCACCUCUGGUUUUCCAUCAAGUCAGCCAUACCCUCAGCCUAGUCAGGGUUAUCCACAACCAAAUACUGCUCAAGGCUAUCCGUCUGCAGGGUACCCACAAACUGCUCAAUCUGGGUAUCCUCAACCAGCUCAAUCUGGUUACCCUGCUCAAUCUGCUUAUGCCCAACCUGGUAGUUAUCCUCAACCAAGUCAACCACACCAUCAGUCCAGCCAAUAUCAAGGAUAUCCACCGCAUGGUCAUACACCUGUUCAAAGUCAGCAGUUAUACAGUGUCUCCUCGGGACAUGUGCCUGACACACCAAAGUCCAAACCCACCGUGGUGCCAGUCAAUCCUUUCGAUCCUCGUGAGGAUGCUGCGGUAUUGCGGAAGGCUAUGAAAGGCUUCGGCACAGACGAGAAAGCAAUUAUACAAGUUCUGACGAGACGCAGCAAUGAGCAGCGUUUGCGCAUCGCUUUCGAAUUCAAGACACUGUAUGGGAAGGAUCUCAUCUCCGAUUUGAAGAGUGAGACGAGUGGCAAGUUUGAGGAUCUCAUUGUGGCACUGAUGACUCCACUGCCCCAAUUCUACGCUAAGGAACUCCAUGACGCCACCUCGGGCAUUGGCACCGACGAAGAUGUACUAAUUGAAGUUAUGUGCACAAUGUCCAACCACGAGAUCCAGGUCAUCAAGCAGGCUUACACAGCUAUGUACGGGAAUUUCUUGGAAGAUGACUUGCGUGGUGACACAUCAGGAAAUUUCAAGAGGCUAAUGACAUCUUUGUGUAUGGGAAAUAGAUCUGAAGAGUUCCAUGUGGAUCAAGAAAAGGCAAGGGAAGACGCAAGGAGCUUGCUCCAAGCUGGUGAGCUUCGUUUGGGGACCGACGAGUCCGUUUUCAACGCGGUGCUGUGUUCCCGCUCGUUUCCACAGUUGGCGGCCAUCUUCCAAGAGUACCACUUCUUAACCGGACACGACAUCGAUGACGCCAUCAAGGCAGAGUUCUCCGGUGACCUUGAAAAGGCACUGAGAGCUAUUGUGAAAGUGGUACGCAAUAAGCCGCUAUUCUUCGGGGAACGUCUUCAUAAGUCGAUGAAGGGUCUCGGGACCAACGACCGGCAGCUCAUCCGUAUCAUGGUCACUCGUUGCGAGGUCGACCUCGGCGAUAUCUCGGACAUGUUCCAGAACAAAUACGGGGAAACCCUCGCCAGUUGGAUAGAGGGCGACUGCUCGGGCCAUUACAAAAAAUGUUUACUUGGAUUACUGGGUCUCUACUAAUUUCGUGCAUUGUAGUUUUACAUAAAAAAUGUAUGUCUUAUGUCAGUGUUUUUACAAUUUAAUGGCUAAUUUUUUAUGGCUAUAUAGUUUAUACACAAUUAUGUCUAGAAUAUCUUUAUAACUAUAUUCUUUACAAGAAUUUAAGUAGCCGUCCAUACCAAAGUAUACGCUACAGUUGUUUGUAGCAUCAAAAGAGAUAUAGACUCAAUAUCUAGUUGACAUUUUAUAGUAUUCCAGAAUUUCAAUAUUCUAUUUCUGAGUUUAGGUUAUUUCUGAGUCAAUAGAUAGAACAUACUAAAUUGAUUCUGUUUAAAUAUAAACAUGGCCUAGAUGUGCAAAUUUGUUUUUUUUUAAUAAUCACACACAGUUCUAAAUUUAAUUUAAAAACUGUUGGUUCUAGAAAUAAUUCAAAUAUCACAUUUCGCGUCUAGCAUACUUAGUAUGGAUGGUUUCUUCAAUUCAGGCGUCUACUUUUAUAUAUAAAAAGUUGAAAUUUAAUAUAUUUUGCAAAUUUUAUGCUAUUUACAACAAAGCCGUCCCAAUGAUCUGAUAUUAAAAAUUAUACGAAUAUACAUUAUUUCAAAGGUCUUACCUAAUUUGAGAAGUGGCAAUUGUAAACUCAUACCACUUUGUAUCGAUAAUAUAAGGCUUCAAUUUUAAGCAUCACAAAUAUAUUUUUUUUUCUAUAGAACUAUUCUUUUUGUCACUAGUUCAUUUAAAGCAGAUUAUUAAUGAUACUAUAAUUUAGUGUAAUUUGGUAAGAGACUGUGUAGACCCCAAAUAUUUAUAAGUACCGCCAAUUAUAAUUAUUUAAUAUAAAUAAAAAAAAAUCUGCCUGACUGCUAUCUCGUGCCCUUAACUGUAAUGUGCCUAGAUUGGAUAUUUAAACAAAUCUAUUAAUAUCUACAUAAUUACGAAUAUUAUUAAAUUUAAUCGGGUUAAUAAAAAAUGUUUUCAUAUAUUAUUAAAUAGUGAUACACUUACUACUUAUAUUUUUAUUGAAUUAAUCGCAAUUAAUCAGAGUAUGACUUUACACCAUCAUGACACCUGUUUAGUUUAAGAUCAUAGAUUAUUGAUAGUUUAAAUAUUAUGUCAGAAUAUUACUCUCAUUACACCAAUAGAUGGGUAAAAACAGUUCCUUUAAUUUUUUACAGAUGCCAAAGUACAUGCCUAUUUUAUUUAAUCAAAUAUCAUCUUUCACAAAUCGUCCAAUAAUACUCUUAAAUUAUUGUAUUUUUUUUUAUAAAAGUACAUACAUUAUAAUAGUUAUUUAUUUCUGUACGAAUAAUAUAAUUUCUUUUCCUAUUAUUACUACUAUGUAUUGAAAACUAUAAUGAUAUUCAUGCUAACACUUUUAAUAAAGCAGCCCUGUAUUUUAUAUAUAGAAAAAAAAUAGAAUUUUAAAUUGACUGGUGAAAUUACAAACUCGUCGUUGCAAAUCACAAUAUAAAUGUAUUUUUAUUUUUUAUUGUAACUGGCAGAUCUGUUCUAAUUUUAAACUUAUGCUUAUUUAUUGUUCUGUAUUUUUUUUUUAUGAAAAAGUAAUAACCUGUGGCUCUGUAAACAUAUAUAUAUAUAUUU